AUGUUACGCCAGGCCCUCUUCACCAACGCGCGCGCCGUCCGCUCGGCCGUUCCCGUCGCCUCCAGGACGGCUUUCGCCCUCGGAGCCCAGGUCCAGCAGGCCGCUAGGCCCGCAGUCUUCGCCUCGCUCCCCGUGAGGACGGCGAGGUGGUAUAGCUCCGAGAACGGCAAGGACGGAGCAGAGAAGAAGGAUGGCGAGGCCGCAAAGGCCGAGGAGGGCAAGAAGGAGGAGGUCGAGGACCCUCUGAAGAAGAAGCUCGAAGCUAAGGAAAAGGAGGCUAUUGAUCUCAAGGACAAGUACCUCCGUCUCCUUGCCGAGUUCCGCACGCUACAGGACCGCAGCGCGCGCGACCAAAAGGCGUCCCGCGACUUUGCCAUUCAAAAGUUCGCCGCGGACCUGCUCGACAGCGUGGAUAACCUCGACCGCGCUCUGCACAUCGUGCCCGCCGACCAGCUCGCGGGCGGCGAGAACGGCCAAGGCCACCACAAGCACCUCUACAGCCUGCACGAGGGUAUCAAGAUGACCGAGUCCAUCCUCAUGCAGGUGCUCGCUCAGCACGGCAUCACCCGUCUGGACCCCAUGGGCGAGAAGUUCAACGCCGCCGAUCACGAGGUCACCAUGCUCAUCCCUCACCCCGAGGCUGAGGACAACUCGGUCAUCAACGUCGAGAGCAAGGGCUUCAAGCUCAACGGCCGCCUUCUGCGACCCGCCAAGGUCCAGGUCGCCAAGAAGAUUCAAGUCUAA